GAAUCGCUUGUGUCAGCUCCAGGGUAAUUUUUACUCGAGUGCAGUAAAUAAACAUUGGAGAGAUUUUUGGAUGAUCUCGAAGGUUUUCACAUUAUUGGAGAGUUUUUUCAACGGGAACUAUGAGUAACAUUUACAUCCAGGAGCCCCCCACCACUGGGAAGGUACUGAUGAAGACAUCAGUAGGAGAUCUGGACCUGGAGCUGUGGACGAAAGAAGCCCCCAAAGCCUGCAGAAACUUCAUUCAAUUGUGUAUGGAGGGGUACUACAACAAUACAAUUUUUCACAGGCUCGUAAAGGGGUUUAUAGUUCAAGGAGGAGAUCCUACUGGAACUGGAGAGGGUGGAGAGAGCAUCUACGGACAUCCCUUCAAGGAUGAGUUCCACACGAGAUUGCGGUUCUGUCGUCGUGGCCUCCUGGCGAUGGCGAAUGCAGGAAAGGACGACAACAGCUCUCAAUUCUUCUUCACAUUUUCAGCAACUCCAGAGCUACAGAACAAGCACACAAUUUUUGGAAAAGUGGCUGGUGAAACAAUCUACAACAUGCUAAAGCUGGAAGAUGCCCUGGUGGACAGCAACGAGAGGCCCCAGUAUCCUCAGAAGGUUGUCAAGACUGAAGUUCUGAUAAAUCCCUUCACGGACAUCAUCCCCAGGGUUUCCAGUACCGAAGAGUCCUCAAAGGAGAGAAAAAAGAAGUCAGACAAGUCUGGGGUGAAGAAUUUCAAGCUACUCUCCUUCGGGGAGGAGGCGGAGGAAGAUGAGGAGGAGUCUGUCGUCCUCAGCAAGAAACUCAGUGGCAAGGGAAAAUCAGCCCACGACAAUUCGACUGAUCCCAAGCUCAGCAGUCUCCCAGCUGUUGAAUCCUCUGGCCCUCCCAGCAAAAAGAAAAAGGAAGACAGAAGCAGUGACUGGGAAAGCGAUGGCGAACCCCAGACUGAGGAGGACAGGGCCAGGAGUAAAAAAGAAUCGGCAGAGAUGAAGAAGCGAAUUCUCGAUAAAUUGAAAGAGAAGAAGUCGCAGUCUUCGUCGUCGGUGAAAAAAUUGGAACCGAAAUAUUCCGAAACAUCGGAGCACUCGGACGACGAAUACUACCUGGGGAAGGAUCAUCGAGACGAGAGGAAGAGGAAGGCCGACGAAAUUCGUCGAGAGAUAAAGGAAUUCAAACGUGGAAUUCACAGUGAGAAGAAGGCAAAGGAGGAGGACGACAGAAAACAGAAGGAACAGCUCUCGAAAAAAGUGGAAAGGAGUAAAAUCCUGGAGGACUACCUACCAGAUCAACAGAAGUAUAAAGAUGCCAAAGCCAAGCUGCCAAAGAAAGGAACUGAUCGGGACAAGUUCGCCCUGGAGCUCCUCAAUAAAUUUAAGACAAAACUCCACUCGAAGAAGCUCGAGUCCCAGACUAGAGAAGGCUCCCCUGGUGAACCAGAUGAUGACUUAACAGACGAUUCCUGGAUGAUGCACACUCUCCACUGCGAGGAGAAAAAUCCAGUGCUGGCCAAAGAUGCGAGCACAAAAGCUGACGACUGGUUCGAGAUCUACGACCCACGGAAUCCCAUCAACAAGCGUCGACGAGGUGAAUCCUCAUCCUCGAAGAGUGACAACAGGAGAGAAAGAUCUCAUCGAAGAUAAUCCCUUGAAUGUCAUUAUUUUUAGGAGCACAUUCUGUUGGUUACGGAGUUGUCAUGGAAAUUCUCAUUGAAUUUCCUAACGUCUCCUGAUGCUUAAAAAUUCCAGAGAAUUCCGGAAAAUA